AUGACGACAAUGAACAACAACCAAGAUUCUGCUAAUAACAAUAGAACACCUUCGUUUAACACGCUAGUCAAUUGCUUCAGACGCAUUAAUCAAGCAAAGUCUUCGGAUAAGAAAGUAUAUUUGCAACGCUACAUUGAGGAUUGGCGAAAAGCUGGAUUCGGGAGUUUUUACCCUGCAAUGCGUCUGUUAGUGCCUCACCUUGAUUCCGAAAGGGCAUACGAUCUCAAGGAAACACGAUUGGCGCAUGCGUACAUUAGGGCUUUCUCACUGACAAAGUCUUCCCCGGAUGCACAAAGACUUGUUAAUUGGACCAGGCCAAAGUUUACCGGAAAGAAACGGGGACCCGUUCAACCAGUUGGCGAUUUUGCUUCCAUUGCGGCCGAAGUCAUAAUAGUUCGAUCAGUAGUAACAAAGUCUAAAGGGCUGUCGAUUGAUUAUGUUAAUGAGAAUCUCCGUGAAUUGAGCGAAGCAUCAAACUUUGAUGAGUCUGUUAAAGUAAUCAAGGGUUUUCUGCAUAACUAUACUGCUGAGGAACAAAAGUGGCUGAUCAAAAUAAUAUUGAAAGACUUGAAAAUCGGUCUCAGUGAAGACUCUAUCCUCGCGAUAUACCAUCCUGAUGCACGAAAUGUGUUUAAUAGAUGUAACAAUUUGCAGAAAGUGACUGAUGAAUUGACUGAUCCACAUAGACGU